AUUGCUGAUACUGCUGCUACAAAUGCUGAAUGUGUGUAAGCGUGUGUAUUUCUCUGUAGAUGUGUUUCUGUAUGUUUCGCGUAGUAAUCGUUGAACGAACGCACCCGCUUGCCCGUCUGCCCUGUGGACGACGAACUUUGCUGGCGGUAGGGCGUGGUACCCAACCAGCAGAACGGUUUCCCUUCAGAAGCACCACAGUAGCAAUAGCAGCAGGAACAGCAGCGUUGGCACCGUCAGUUCUUGGCUAGCCCAUAAGCAACGAUUGCUGAGUUAGGCAGACUACGCGAUCGUGAGCGUACGAGUGAGUGAGGCUGAGGACCCAAUAGGCAACGUUCACCUACCAAACAGCUUUUACACAACUAAAAAGGCCUGCUUCUGGCGGGCGCUGCCUGCAACUCCCAUAGCCACGACUUGAAUCGGCUCGAGCCGGGCCUACUCUACGAUAGGCCAGCUCUCACCAGUCAAAACGACCCCGGCGCCCCCUGACGAAACUGCCAAUACCAAACACUCAGACACGCGGUCGGGGAUACAGCGACCAAGACCCACUAGACCAGCUCAACAGUGAUCUUCAGUGCAACUCUGUGAGGCUUCUUCCGUCGUUGUGAAGUGGUGUCCCAUCAAUAGUCGUUGUUGUAGUGUUACGGAGAAUCGGUUUUUAUUGUUCUUCUGAGCGUAAGAGCCAACGAGUGCGAAGUCGACGUGAUGUCGGAGACAACGGUGAAGCUCAUGCGUGGUGAUAAAACCCCUUGGGGAUUUCGGCUGGGCGGUGGAAAGGAUUUUGGAUACCCAAUUUGCGUGCAAAGAUCGACGCCUGGCAGUCUCGCCGAACAGGCAGGAAUACGCACCGGGGAUCAGAUCGUCCGCAUCUGUGAGCGACCUACUGAGUUAAUGAGCCACCAGGAUGCGCAGGCCGCGAUCCUUAAUGCAGGCAACUAUCUCGAACUCACUGUCGUAAGAGGCGGCGCGUUGACGUGGGCUCCAGCAGUUCAACCCGUCGGAGAUAUCGUACUGGGUUCGGAGGGUCCACUAACGCGAACCUCUCUCGCAGCCCAUAAACAGCCGCAUGCUCCGAUCGGAUCAGCUCACAACAUUACUGCUAAACCGUUCCAGGUGCCUGGAUCAACACUUGUCAACAAGCAGUACAAUUGCCCUGCUGCACUGUAUUCAAUGGAGAACAUCCGCGAUGCGUUGGAAAAGCAGGCCGAAGUGCUUACCGGUGGUGCCAAAGGAAUCAACUUUAUGAAGGAAGAUAAGCCUCUUAACACCGACUCGGCAGUCUACCGGAUGGUUCAAGAGGAAGAUAAGGCCCCACGAACACCCGCGUCCCCGCUGCCUCGCCAAACAUCGGGAAUCGAUUCGUCGCCAUUGGGGGCUGCGCAGUCUGGAUUGCGACACGUUGAAGCGCCACGUCCGACUCCACAGCCGGCAGCACCCCACGGCAAUAUCGCUGUCGGUGGACCCAACAUCUGCGUCGAAUGCGGCAAGAUUAUCGUGGGUGUCUUUUGUCGGAUUAAGGACCGAAACAUUCAUGCUGAAUGCUUCCGUUGCGCAACGUGUGGCACAUCGCUCAAGAACCAAGGCUAUUUCCUGGUUGGCGGUAAGCUCUACUGCGACAUGCAUGCACGUAACGCCUCCGUUAUGCUCAAAGAGCCUGUUUCUCCUAGCUCUAAUGCCCCCGUGGUGCCGCUGUCCACGCCCGCUUCGAUUUCGUCGACGCCUGCGUCGUCGACGCCUUACGGCGCACAUCCGUCAUCACUUCAGUUCCGCUCAGUCCCUCCACCUCUAUCACCUAGGCCCGACCCUCAGCGCGGUUCCGGAUGUUUCGAUGCAUCAACUAUCCCCGCAGCUCCUGGAGGCUCAUCGUCACCGGCGAACGUUGCCUCAAGGUGGCCACCCCAGCAGCAGAAACAACAGCAGCAGCAACAACAACGAACUCAGCAGCAAAGUGUCGAGCAGACGACGACCACGACAACAACGACGAGCGCAGGUUCCGGAUUGAACCCAGGAGCUGGCAACUGGCCCGCACCUCGCCGAGGACGUGGAUUGCUCAGUACGCAGGCGGCCAACGUUGGACGCAUUCCAAUCUGUGCUAGCUGCAACGUGCCCAUCAGAGGUCCGUUUGUAUCGGCCAUAGGGAAGUCGUGGUGCCCAGCACAUUUUAUGUGUGCGAAUGCCACAUGUCGCCGGGACCUGAUGGACUGCGGUUUUGUUGAGGAACGCAAUCAACUGUACUGCGAAACCUGCUUUGAGAACUACAUGGCGCCUAGCUGUUCCAAAUGUCACCAGCGUAUCAAGGGCGAUUGUCUAAAGGCAAUGGAUCGUCCAUGGCAUCCGACUUGUUUCACGUGCAGCUAUUGUCGUCGCCCGUUUGGAAAUAACUCAUUUUACCUUGAGGACGGAAAACCGUACUGCGAGAAGGACUGGAAUGAUCUGUUCACGUCGAAGUGCUUCGGUUGCGGUUAUCCGAUAGAGGCGGGGGACCGAUGGGUGGAAGCGCUCAACAAUAACUACCACUCGACGUGUUUCAAAUGCACUGUUUGCCAUAACGCUCUUGAGGGUCAGAGCUUCUAUGCGAAGGCAGGAAAGCCCUACUGUCGCCUACAUGCUCGAUAAGCAAACGAGUGAUCGUCACGGUUCGCUUCUGGACCACCCGAAACUUACCAAGCCUUUACACGCACCCAAAACUGUAGCUUGGUGGAAAUAGACCACAUCGGGCCGGAUUUUUUUGGAUCUUUGCCGAUACAAAUAUACAUGCAGACAUACACAUAUACACACACGUGUGUAUCAGCACGACUGAAGGAAUAUAGAUGAAAGAAGAAGAAUGUUAUAAACAAGGAAUCAAACGUGGAUGCCCAAUCGAAAAUCAAUUCAAUUUAACGAUACCAACUAACAGUUAACGAAAUAUGUAAGAAAACGAGUAGUCCAAAUAAGAGAGUACAUAUAUCGACCCAUAGACGAGCGCGAUUCCUCUUUGCUGCUGACAAAGACGAUCUUCACUUUUUUAGUCAAUCUCUAUCUGCUAGACAACUAGCGUUUCAUAGCGUGUUGUGCACUUGGUAUUAAUCGUCAUUACUACGACAAAUCACUAUAUAUCUAUUUCUACUAUUAGAGCGUGUGGUGGUUGUUGCGUCAUUAGUUGCACGUCAGGACAGGCUCUGUCCAGUGUCGAUUGGAAUAUACGCUUGAAAUGGUCUUACGUAAGAAGACCAUUUUUUCGAAGUAAAGGCAAGCCAUCCUUCUCCAUAGAAGAAUGCUCACUAGUCAUAGUAACAAUAAUUCAACCUUAGUAAUAUCUAUUCAACCAGCUUCAAGCUUUCGAUGCAUUUCACUGAUGGCAGCCCUAAUCAAUGUGAAGAUAAUAUGACAAAAAGCAUUUCCACAGAAGCCCAUCUCGAAAUACUAAGAUUAUACAUAGAGAUGCUAAUGUAAAGUUUACAUAUGUAGCUGUCGCUAAUGUUGUUGCAUACAAACCAUGGACAGCUUUAAUUAUCUGUUAGCAAUGGCACAUUGGGAUGUGCAACCAUCAAUUUAAGCCCAUCGUGAUACAUGAUUGUUAUGUGUUCCAACUGAGCAAACCCACGCAGCAAAAUUCAGUGGGAUAAUAAUUUAUUUUACCCAACCUAAAGCGAUUUUUUUUAGCUCAACUCUAUUACAGCCUUUCGGAUUUGUCAGCUAUUCAAAAAAAAAAAAAAAAAAAAAAAUAUCAUUGCAUUCGUUGAUUAAGAAGCCAUUUAUGCCCAGAAGAGCAACAUUAUAAUUGAGCUCUGUGCUUCUGGACGUUGUUGUUAUUGUUACACAUAUUGACGAUUAUAUUAAGAAGUCACUGAUUAUAAUUUCACUCCUGUUGUGUUAUAUUUUGAUCCUGUUAUUAUAUUAAAUAUCUUAGAUUGAUACAACCUGUGACUGAUUAAACUCAGGCUUACAUAUAUGCAGCCUGUUUUCCCAGUAACACCGUUCCCUGCAGUCGUAUUCAGUGGCUUUUCUUUUUAAUCUAUCAAUUUGUAAAUCUCUUCCUAGAUAUCACCGUCGUCUUACUAGACUAACUGACAGAGCAGCUAGUGCAUCAUUAUGAUACCACCAGACUAGCUGCUGCAAUACCAAGUAAUACAAUGUCUGCUAGACAAGUCAGCGAACAAAAUGCGUCGACAUGGUUUUAGCACGCGCUGAAUUUAGACAAACUAUGGGUGAGAAACAAUAAAAACGAGUAUAAACACAUAUGUUGAUCAUAUGGCUUCAGCAUUGUGCGUUGACCGAAAUUUAGACAGUAUGAUAUUACCGAAGAGAGGGUGAAAGAAAAGCUGGUAAAAGAAAAUAGGCUACGGGGAGUGGAAAACACCAGAUGCACUGGCUUUGGGGACCGUGGAAUAAGCAAACAGGCCGAGAGACAGAUACUCCUGUCCCGCUACAAACCACAAAAAGACCGAAGGACUUAUUAAACCAAGUGCCUCUUCUCUCCCCCAGUCGUCCCACUUGCCCUCUCUCUGUCUGUCUGUCUGCCUGCCUGCCUACAUUUUCUUUUAUUCCUCUUCAUCUUUGCUGCUGUCAAGUUCACCUCCACACCGCCCGCUUAGCUUAUUUCAUUUGCCUAGAGCACCUUGUGUCAAUAAGCAUACGUUACGUCGAAAGGAUAGAAAAUUGGGAAAGCUGAAGAAAAGAAAAAAGCUGAAAAGCGGAACCACAGGGAAACGUAGUAUAUGGGAGUCGUUUAUAUGCUUUAACAUGGACCCUUUCGCUCUAGUGGCGCGACACCGUGGUGCCGUGUAGUUUAUGCGACGGCGUCAUGCCACUACGGAAAGAGGCGGAAUUUCAGUUAAUCCCCUCUGAGUCUAAGCCGUUAUCGGUCCUAGUGCGCUGAGUCUUCGAAAGAGAUUAAAGACCUCUGACACGCUAUUUCGGUUGGCGUACAGCCAGCUCCCGUGCAAUGCCCCCCUACGAUCUGUCCACUAGGAAAACGAGCAGCUCAUUGGUUCAUUAUUGAUUUUAGCAGCAACAGAAGAACGUAGCAGGACGCUGGUUGUCGACUUGUCUCAGACGAAAUAUUUUAACCCAAUGUUGACAGCGCUGUGGCGUGCUGCUGCUUUUUUAAGAGUGUUCCAUUGACAUUUACCGCAUCCUUAUUUAAAUAGAAUGAUAUCGCAUGUUAAGUUAAUGUACAUUGGUCGUCAAGGGCAUACCCUGUUGGCUGUCGCUGCAGGUACGUGAUCUGAAACCUGCGCAGUUUUUUAAGACGCAAACCGUUACAUCUAUUUUUGAGUGGAACAACGAUGAUAAAGACUGCCAUUAUGAAUUAGAGAAAAAUAAAGGAGGUAGACCAGCACGACCAGAUAAACUCUUUGCUUCUUUUGUUGCGUGAGAUCAUUUUCGUGUAGGGUUGGAGAACCCUUCAAAGGUCCCGACCUGGGGGGCGCCAUUCUGUUGAACAGAACAGCGAAGCCGACGUCGAUUUGGCGAUACCAUGGUGACACUAAACGCGAACAUCCACGAGAUUCGACGAGUAUACGCGCUUUCGCCAGCCUCUAAAAUCAUGCCGUCUGGGUCGCGCCCUUUGGCAAUCAGGCCAACAGAUACAUUUUAACAAAUUCGGACACAUUACAAUACUAGUAGAUACCGAUAGAACUAUCGUUGCUACAUAUUCAAACGGCAUCCCAAGCGACACUUAAUUGCUGCUAUGAGUGCGCGGCAGAUGCUGGCAAUAUACUGGAUUUAGAGAAACUGGACAGUAGUUUUAAUAUAAUAAAAUUUUUAGUGAAAUACCAAAAUUGAA